UUCUGCGUACUACGUCAGCAACUGUGCAGUUGUGUGAAUUUUCUCCAGUUUACAUCGCAUCAUACAGUAUUUUGGCGAAGUGUGGUAGGCAGAUCUUGUGAUGGAGGCACACAAUCUUAGCUGUGCCAUCUGCUUGGAGCGUUUUAAGUUCCCAGUGACGAUACCAUGUGGCCACACUUUCUGCAAGGACUGUAUCUCCAGACACUGGGAUCAGAGAGAGAAAGUGGGACCUCAGCCUGCUGAAUUCAACUGCCCAGUUUGCAAUGAGACGUUUCCCAGCAGACCCACACUGAAACGCAACGUGUCCCUGUCUCUUCUGACUGAAGUUACUGCUAACAGCACUGGGGUGAAAGACAACAGUGCUUCAUGUAGAGGCGAUGCAGCCAAAGCUGGACCUGAGCAGUUCUGCGGGCGUCAUCAGAAGCCCCUUGUCAUGUACUGCAGGAACGACGGCAUGUGUGUAUGUUGUGCGUGCGCCGUGAAUGAGUGCAAGAGCCAUGACAAGGUCCUGAUUGAGGAGGAGAGGAGUAGCCGAGAGGCAGGCCUGAAGAAGAAGGGAAUGGAGGUCAAGAAGUGCAGGGAGGACACAGAGCGGAACAUUUUGGAGCUCAGUGAGAACAUCGCUAAAGCUAAGGUUUCACUGCAGCAGACGUCUCAGUGGGUGAAUGUGAAGUUCACGCAGCUGCUAAAGGUGCUGGUGGAGAAGCAGGAGCUGACGCAGAGCUUUGUGGAGCAGCAGCAGGAAAGCGCUCUGUCCCAGGCGCAGGCUCGGCUCAGCGAGCUGCAGGAGAAGGCUCAGCAGCUUUUGGAGCUAGAGGAGCAAAUCAACACCCUCUGUGCUCUUCCUGACUGCCUGCUCAUACAGGACUCCAGGCUGGUGGAGGUUCCUCAUAUGGGUGAGGUUCCUGUGGAUGUCAGUGUGAACGUUCAAGAGAAACUUAAUCCAGUCACAGACUUACUGUCUCGCGUCUCUAAGCUGGUGUGUGAGGACCUCGAUAAAGCUGUGUAUGCGGUUGUGGGCCAUGACAAGGAAGGCUCUCCUCAGGACAAAAGGCCAGUGCUUGCUGUGGUACCAAGUCCUGCCACUCCGUCUUAUCCAGCAGGAAAGGAAGGCCUCAGCGCAUACCGUUGUUCCUUGACUUUUGACCCUCGCACGGCCAAUGCCCACCUCCUCCUCUCUCAGAGCAACCGCCGAGCUGAGCACCUGACCUCUGGGCCGCGCCCUGUCCCUGCUCACGAGGCUCGCUUUGACCACACCUGGCAGGUGCUGUGUUUUGAGAACUUCACCCAUGGCCGUCACUACUGGGAGCUGGAGGUUUCCAAGCCGUGGGCGUACGUCGGGGUGACGUAUCAGGCCAUCCCUCGCAAGGAGAAGGGCAAGACGUGCAUGCUGGGAAUGAACGAGCUGUCGUGGAGUCUGCAGCUGGACGAAAGGCAGCUGAGCGCCUGGCACGCCGGCCGCAGGGAGUCUGUAGCUGGACAGUUGCAGCUUCACACGCAGCCCCUGCGCAUCGGCAUGCUACUAGACUACGAAGCUGGAACGCUGACCUAUUACGGAGAGGGCCAAGUGCGGCUGCACGCCUUCCAUUGCGUGUUUUCUCAAGAGCUGUUCCCUGCCUGCUGGAUUGGAGAGGGGGUCAGCGUCACCCUCUGCCCACCGUGAGCCGCAAGACCUUUUCCAACAAUGUCUGAGCUCAAACUGCAGUCUGGAAGACCACUGGACUGCAGCUCAAAAAGCAGAAUUCAGCUCAUGAAGAGCUUGAUAACUAGCUGAAAAAAUCAUGUACAGGCAGGUUCAUGCACAGUUUCACAUUUUCUCUUCUUAGCAACAAAUUAUCAAGCAAUGUCUGCAGUGACUUAAUUCCUUUUUUUGUUUUUUUGUUUUUUUUGCCACACAAAAGUCUGGUCCUUUCAGAUUUAAGCCACUUUCAUAUGUGGCCAUAGAUCAAAUACAACCCUCAAAAAAGUUGGGAUAGUAUGUGAAAUGCAGAUAGAAACAGGAAGCAGUGACCUGAAAUCCACUUUGACCUGUACUUAAACAAAAACAGUUACAAAGGCAAGAUAUUUAAUACUUUAACUUAUCAACUUCAUUGUUUUUAAAUAUAUGCUUAUUCUGAAAUUGAUGCCUACAACAUGUUCCAAAAAGGUUGGGACAAUUGGAAAUUUAAGACUAGGAACAUUGUGAAAUGUUAAAAAAACUGAAACGUCUUAAACAGGUGAUGGCAGUCAUGCUGGGGUAUAAAAGGAGCAUCCAGGAAAGGCCUAAUUCUGCAUGAACAAGGAUGAGUUGAGGCUCACUUUGCUAAAAAUGCCAUGGUGAAUUAUCCAGCAGUUUAAGACAGUGUUCCUUAAUGAGUAAUUUCAAGGUCAUCAGGUUUUUUUACCCUCUACGGUGCAUAGUAUUAUCAGAAGAUUCAGGAAAUCAGGAGAAAUCUCUGUGUGUUAAGGGCAAGGCCGAUGAACAAAUAUCCAAGACCUUCGAUCUCUUAGAUGCCACUGCGUUAAAAACCAGUAUGCUUUUAUGAUGGAUGUCACUACAUGGGAAUACUUUGGCAAACCGGUGUCAAGAAACACUGUUCAUCGCUGUAUCCACAAAUGCUAGUUAUGACUGUACACUGUACAGUGGAAGUCAUAUGUCAACAAUGUCUAGAAACACCACCGACUUCUCUGGGCUUAUCUGAAAUGGACGGAUGCACAGUUGAAAUGUGUAUUGUAGUCUGAUGAGUCAACCUUUCAGAUGUUUAUGGAACUAACGGACAUUGUGUUUUCUGCUGCAAAGAAGAAAUAGACCUUCCAGAUUUCAAAAGCCAGGGUCUGUCAUGGUAUUGGGGUGUAUUAGUGCCAUGGCAUGGGUAAUUUGUACAUCUGUGAAGGCACCAUUAACUCCAAAAAAAUAUUUACACAUUUUGCUGCAACAUAUGCUGCCUUCUAGAUGAUGUCCAUACUUACUACGCGUGUUACAACAGCAUGGCUUCAUAAUCGGAGUGCAGGUACUAGAUUGGCCUGUCUGCAGUCCUUACUUGUCUCCAACUAAAAAUGUAUGGUGUAUUAUGAUGUGCAAAAUACAACAGCGAAGGCUCCUUUCAGUUGCACUUGUAUAAUGGAUGAAUGGCAAAAAAUACAGAUUCAAAAACUGGAUCAAUUGGUGUCUACAGUCCUAAAAUGACUAUUAAAUGUUGUCAAAAGGAGAGGUGAUGUAUCACAGUGGUAAACAUGCUCCUGCCCCAACUUUGUUGGAACUAAUUAUAGGCAUCAGAUUUGGAAUGAGCUCAUAUCUACAACAAAAAAACAAGUUAAUAUGUUAACAUUAAAUAUCAUGGUUGUGUGCUGUUUGCAUGUACAAGGUCAUGCUGAUUUGGUGUCAUCUAGUACCAAGGCAGAAAAAUGGGAUCUGACCCAAAUAUUGAAAUUCCACAAUGGUACUUGUAAUGUAAACAUAGCUUUUGGUUUGGUAGAGAAGGGAAAUGAUGAAACUGUGCAGGACAGUGGGCCCCUUGUUGAAAACUCUAGCACUUAUUUGUGCAGUCAGCUCUUUGGUACAACAGGAUCAGGACUAGAGAGCCAUGAUUUACUGUUUGAACGUCUUGUGAUCCAUCCACGUUGAUCCCCAGGUCGACGAAACUGCGAAAACUUUCACUGGAGAGACAAACUGAGGCAUUGUGCACUAACACAGAGUUGAGAAGCCUCACAUACUAAUGGCUCUUUUGAUGACACUCCAUGGGCAUCUUCUAGUCUUAAUGUUUGACAGUUUCUCAGUCACAUUUUAAGACUCAAGCACAAUAACAUUGCUUGAAGGCAAUUCAAAAAGCACUAAUUUGUGUUGUCAUUGUAAAAAUGUCAAGACAUUGCACGUUACAUUUAUUUUCUUCAGUCCCUUUUUCAAAACGCAAAGCACUUUGGAUUUUUCGAAAAAGGAAAUUUGUACUUGUAUGCAAUCCAGGUUAGGCUAGAUUUGAUGUGACAUAUUUGGCAUUCAUCUUGUGUAGACCUGGUAUUUUUACAUUUUGUAAACGUUCCCAUGAAAAAAAUUGCAUAUUUAGAUGUUUGAACAGUAGUUUAAGAUUGCGUUCCCUAAAACACGUUUUGGGGAAAACGUUGGAAGGACUUCAGAAAUCACUGAAUUGAAUAAGAUGUUUUAGAGCAGAACACUAAGUGUAUAAGGGUACUGUAGAACUGGAUCUGGGUAUAAUUAAUUGAACACUGCUUUAAAGAGAUUGCAAGAAAAGCUGAAUCAAGUUCAACUUGAACGC